AUGAGCGAAAAAAAGAAUAUUUUUUCUUCCUCUAUUUAUGAAUCUGCAUAUAAAGAAUUGAAAGAAAUCGAAGAAAUUGAACGAACUGGAUUUUUGCAAUCAAAAGGUGCCAAAUGUCCAAACUGCUCCUGGAUCGGCCGUACUAGAAAAGCUCUUGCAUAUCAUGUGCAAACCAAGCACAAAACUGAUUACAACGCAUUAAAAGGUGGAUCACAAUUGCCUGUUGAUUCCCCGAUACAAAUUAUGGAUCACCAAAACAAUCAUGACAUCGUUAAUUUUGAAUUUUCUUCUGAUAUGGUAAACUUUUCAACAGAUGUUUCAUCUACUUUUAUCGACAAAAUCAUGGGCUUUGGGCCAGAAUUAUCAUCUAAAGCACUUUCUAUGUUCGACAAAAUUGUUGAACUACGCUACACGGAAAACGUUCCUGAAUCAACAUUUUCCCGAAUCAUUUCCACCAUUUUGGACAAUUUUUCCUUACAAUUUUGUGAUAAGAAAGACGAGAAUACUGGCAAAAUAAUGACACUAAUUCAACAUUUUGCCUCGGAUGUUUACCUACAAAAAAUGUAUGUAAAAUAUUCAUGCAAAGUUAUCGAACCAAUUCCGACAAAAAUUUCUGCCACAUUUAUUAUCCAACGAAUUUCUUUAAAAGAAAUCGUUUCAUUUGUUCUAAGCGAUAAAUCUUUACUUACAGAAAUAUGUAAAGAACAAAAUCAAAAAUACUAUCGUCAUUCAUAUAACAGCGAAUUGAGUUGUAGUUAUGAACGAUGGAAGAGAAUUAAUGGGAAAUUAAGAAUAGUUCUUUAUUCUGACGAAUUCGGAAUUGCCAAUCCGAUCGGGCAUUCAGCAUCAAAACAUAAUUAUCUAGUGGUUUACUGCACAUUUGAAAAUAUACCGUUGAAAAAUCGUCUGAAACGUGAUGAUAUAUUUUUGUUAUUAAUUGCAAAUCAUAAGGACGUAAAUCCAGAGUUAUUAGAUAAAAUACUCAGUGAUUUAGCCGAAGAACUAUCUGACUUAAUUGAAAAUGGUUUUCAAAAAAAUUUUGAUGAUGGAAAGACUUUGAAUGUUCCCUGCACAUUAUCGGCAUUGGUCGGGGAUUCGAAAACCACAUACCAGUUUACUGGUUAUAGUGGCAGUUUUGGAUUGUCGUACCGGUGUCGAAUGUGUGGUGCCGAUAAUGCAACCAUACAACUUGGACAAAUGAAUCGAAAAAUGUUUGGUAGUGAAAGCGAUUUAAAAGAAUACUGGAAAUUAGUCGAAAACGCCAGUGGCAUUGAUUUACCAUAUUGUGGGGAACGAGAUUGGUUCGGAUUGACAAGAACAUUCAAAUUCGGAUCACAAGCAAAUCAAAUUAAUCCAUGGAACUGUGUUCCUGUAGAUAUCUGUCACGAUUUGUUGGAAGGGACAUCUUUUGAUCGAAUUUUGACAUUAUUUCUCAAUGAACUGAAUAACCAAUUCGUCAGGAACAAAGAAAAAAUAAUAAAAACAAUUACGGGUUAUCAAUUCAAUGAUACACCGUUUAUCAUUAAUUCGGUGUCUGGUGGCUUUUCAUUCACAGGGGACAUGAUUCAGGUGGCCGAAUUCAUCGUCCGAAUUGAAGAAAUUAUUCUGUUUAAGUUUCCAAGAGUCAUAAAUGUAGAUGCUGAAACCAUUUUCAAUUCUAAUGCAUUUAAACUUUAUUCUCAUUUUAAAAAGAUUUGCAUCAUAUCAUUUCAAUUAUCAAUAAGUUUAGAAGAUAUUCAAUGCUUGAAAAAAAGCAUUGAUGCUCUUUUUCAACUAAUCUAUCGAAUCUCACCAUCAACGAAAAUUACACCAAAAAUGCAUCACAUAACACACUACCCAGCUCUAAUAGAAUAUUUUGGUCCAUUGAUCAAAUAUUCCACUCUACCCUUUGAGCGUAAGCACCAAUUUUUCAAAAAAUGGUCACGCAUAAUAUCGAAUCAUAAAAAUCCAUCAUCAUCAUUGGCCAUACGUCACCAAUAUCAUCAGGCCAUUAUUAAUAAAAAAAUGUGCCAUUUAUCGAAUCAUACUAAUAGUUCAGGUGUAAAGGCCAAAAUUAUGGAUUUUAUUUCAUCAGGAGCAAUCAAAAUUAAAAAAAAUAUAUAUCAAACUAACAAAAAAAUCAUAAAACAAAUAAACGAAAAUACUGUCCCUUCUGCCCUUUUGUGGAUGGAAGCCACCACAUUCUGGAAAGUGAAUGAGAAUGUGGUGGUUCAAGGUUCCAUCUACGAAAGGACAGAAGGGACAGUAUUUUCGUUUCAGGUUUUAAAAAAAAAAUUUCAUUGCAAAUUUGUCUAUUUAAAUAAUUUGUCACCUAUACAAGAUUUUUAUACAAUCCAUGAAGAUAAAAUACUUUUGAUUGAAUCUAUAAUUUAA